AUGUCCAACCAUACUUCAACCUCCAAACCAAAAGUGUUGGUCCUCGGAAGUCCCCUGGACUACGUACCGCAAAAGUACUUUGACGAUUUCCAGCAGGACUACGCCAUAGACGUCCUGCACGCCCCAGACCGCGCAUCAGUCAAAGCCCAACUCCCCACCAAAGUCUCACAAGACGGCCCCUUCGCCGCCCUUGUCAUCAAAAUGGGCACAAUCCCCUACGAGCCCUUCGACGCCGACCUGCUCUCCGCCCUCGAGCCAGCGUGCAAAAUCGUCGUCUCCGCUUCAGCAGGCUACAACGAAUUCGACGUCGACUACUUCACGCGCGCCGGCGUCUGGUUCUGCAACGCUGUGCACGCCGUCUCCGAAGCGACGGCCGAUAUGGCGCUCUUCCUCAUCCUCGCUACGGUGCGGAAUACGAGUGUUGCGGAGCGGCAGGCGCGCGAGGGGAGGUGGAAGGCGGGCUUGACGCCUUCGGGGGAUCCGAAGGGGAGGGUGUUGGGCAUUGUGGGGCUGGGGAGUAUUGGGAGGUAUGUAGCACGGAAGGCGGCGGUGUUUGGGAUGCGGGUGCAUUAUUAUAAUCGACGACGGUUAGCGCCGGAGGUGGAGAGGGAGCUGGGCGUAACGUAUUAUGGGGAUUUGCAUGAGUUGUUGGGGAGUGCGGAUGUGGUUUCUUUGCAUACGCCGUUGAAUGCGCAGACUACCGGUUUGAUUUCACGCGAGGAGUUCGCGGCGAUGAAGGAUGGGGCGAUUUUGGUGAAUACGGCGCGGGGAGCGGUGGUGGAUGAAGAGGCGUUGAUUCAAGCUCUGGAGAGUGGCAAGGUGGCCCGGGCGGGUCUGGACGUCUUCCCUGCCGAACCGAAGAUCAAUGAGUAUUUCAUGAAGAGCGAUAAGGUGGUGCUGCAGCCGCAUAUGGGCGGGCUGACGGAGUCGUCGUUCGCGCUGUCGCAGCAGGAGUGUUUGGAGAACCUGCGGGCGUACUUUGAGAAGGGCGUGCCGAAUUCGCCGGUGAACCAGCCGGAGCGGCAGCAUUGA